UCGUGUCGCGAGCCGUUGUACAUCCCAUUACCGAGAUAUUCCCCCCCUCCCCCACCCACCGAAAGACGGAACCUACCGACGACGACGCGCGAAACGGAGCGACACGGAGAAAAGAGCAAGACGGACAAGUGUUGAUCGCUCGCCGCCGCCGCCACCAUCACACGCUGCACGCUGAAGCGGUCCAAGCACGAUGUUCAACACGAUAAAGUCUCUACCAUGGGCUGGAAAUCGUUCGGGUGCACUUCAGAAUCCUGCUGCGUCGCCGACGAAACAGAAGGUCGACUCGCAACCGCCGGGACUACACACGUUGACGGGCGAUGGCCCACCUCGAUUGGACGGAAGCGACCGAUUCUUUGGCAUGGAGAACAUCGUCGGCGUACGCAAUGAGCCUCCGUUUGGCAAUACAUGUUAUUGCAAUUCGAUCCUCCAGUGCCUCUACUACUCCAAGCCGUUCCGAGAACACGUCGUCAACUUUCCCGCACGAGGCCAGCAGCCAUACCAAUCCAGUGGGCCUGUCGACCCGCUGGCGAACGGCGUCGGUCGGCCUCUUGUCCGGAUCAACACUGAACCAUUGCCGACGACCUCGGCAAGUGCGCUGGCUGCAGCCGCGAAAGCAAAGACGCCGAUAGUGAACCCCAACGGAAAAGACGACGGAAAGAAAAAGAUACUUCCGGCGACUGCGAUGGUUCAGAUGCCGGCCAAUCCCGUCGAGAACAAGGAUUCUCCGGAUUACAAGAAGAAGAAGGCGCUUGAAGCCGGGCCGGUAUUGGAUCUGGAUCAGGGAAAUCACGCGGCUUACGGCAUGGAGGAGUCGCUGUUCACGGCACUCAAGGAUAUAUUCGAGAGUGUUAUGGCACACAGCUCCAAGACAGGGAUCGUGAAACCGAACAAAUUCCUGGAGAUUCUGAGGCGCGAGAAUGACAUGUUCAACGGACAGCAGCAUCAGGACGCCCACGAGUUUCUCAAUUACGUCUUGAAUCAGGUCAUCGAGAACGUUGAGGCUCACCAGAAGAAGAUGCUGCGCGAGAACGGAGGCGCGCCGAAGCUGUCCGGUUCGGCGACACCCGUCGAGACUUCAUCGGUUGCCUCGACGAGCACCGCCAUGACGUCCGCGACGGCUGCAGGAUGGAUUCACGAUCUGUUCGAGGGGCUCCUCUCCUCCGAGACAAAAUGUCUCACCUGCGAAAACGUUUCUAGGCGCAACGAGCAGUUUAUGGAUCUCUCAAUCGAUCUGGAGAAGAACUCCUCCGUCACAUCCUGUCUCCGCAACUUCUCGGCGUCCGAGAUGCUAUGCGAGAGGAACAAGUUCCAUUGCGACCACUGCGGAGGGCUGCAGGAAGCCGAGAAGCGGAUGAAGAUUAAGCGGCUGCCACGGGUGCUCGCCCUGCACCUUAAACGCUUCAAGUACAUGGAAUCGUCGAAUCGAUUCGAGAAGCUGCAUUACAGGGUACUGUACCCGUACCACCUGCGUCUAUUCAACACCACCGACGACGCCGAGGAUCAGGACCGGCUGUACGAGUUGUAUGCGGUUGUCGUGCACAUUGGCGGAGGCCCUUACCACGGACAUUACGUUGCCAUCGUCAAGACCGAGGACAAGGGAUGGCUGCUGUUUGACGACGAGUUGGUCGAGCCGGUCGACAAGUCGUACGUGCGCAACUUCUUUGGGGAACGGACCGGGACGGGUGUUGCCAGUGCGUACGUUCUGUUUUACCAGGAAACUACGCUGGAAGCCGUGCAACGGGAGAUGUGGGCGGAGGAGCAGCAGGCGUCGGCGGCAUCCAAUCCUGCUGCAGCGGGUAAGACGGAUACGCCAGCUCCAGUCCCGGCUGCGGCUGCGGCUACAUCUGUGCCCAACGGUGUCAACGGACAUUCGUUGAAGCCUCUGGACCUGUCGAGAGAGGACAUGGUCUCGAUCCAGCCCGCCGUCACGUCGCCGCUACCCAGGUCGGAAUUCGCACACGACGACCAUAGGCCGCCAGGUAAUGCUGCGGCAGAGCACCCAGCUACACACAUCAAGUCGAAGAAAGAGCGGGAGCGGGAAAAGAAGGAGGAGAAGGAGCGUGAGAAGGCUGAGAAGAAGGGUGGGAGGCCGGUGGACGAGAAGGAGCAUGGCAUGGAAGGCAGGACAAGCAUGAGUCGAUUCCGAAACGGGUCGAGAAGCUUCAGACAACCGCCCAAGUGGCUCGGAGUUGGGCACAAGAAAGACAAGGAGGACACGCCAUCCGUGCCGCUGCUAUCGCCAACUAGACAAGCCACCUUCCCUCUGUCGUCGGUCGAGCGGCCCAUAUCAUCACCACCACCGCCAGCACAGCUACCACCACCGCAACAGCCAUCAUCACCACCGCCAGUGCAACCUCCGAAUCCUAGAUUCGCUCCUGCGAUGACGAACGGUGUCGAUCUGCACGACCCGCCAGCCCCCGAACCGGUGGUCCAUCACAAGGAGAACUUGCCUCUGGUGGUAUCGAAGAAGGACAAGAAGAAGGACAAAGGAGACAGCGACAAGAGCGGCAAGAAACUGCACCACCACCGGCCGAGCCUAUGGGGUCUGCGGAAGAAGGCGAAGGCGCAGACGGCGCUGGGAGUAGGGGAAUAAGGGGGAAUUGUGCGGUACUACUUGUAGAAUAACCUUUAAUUUUGCUUUCUGGGUUUUUCUUGUAUGGAUAUCAGCUCACCACCGUUUGUGGGUUUCGCUUUUUCAUUUUCAUUUUCAUUUUAACCCUUUUACCUCCUUCUUUAUCGAGCAAGCGGUUCUGGU